CUAUAAUCUGUGCUGUCUAAAAAAAAGUCAAUAUCGUAGCAUCAGUGUCUUAAAUUCUAAACUUUAUUUUAACGAAAUUAAUCAAAAUGAGCAAUAUAUUUAAACUUAAGUUAACUGCUCUUGGUCAUCCGAAUCCAGAAGGCUUUAAUUGCGAAGAUGAAAAAGAAUACAGGAGUGUAGUACUGUGGCUCGAAGAUCAGAAAAUCAGGCAUUAUAAAAUAGAAGAACGGGAAGGUCUAAGAAACAUUGACAGUGACCAGUGGAAGAAAGCGUAUGAUACAUAUCAAAAUGAUUUAGUCAGCCCGGUUGUAAAAGGAUUACCAAAUGAGCAACUAAACUGGCUUUUGUGCUAUGCUGUGAGAUUAGAGUAUGCUGAUAAUGUAACCAAGUAUGAAAAUGUAAAAGUGGAUGAACCAAAAAAGGCUGCCCCAAAUGUUGUGUCCUCAAAUCCUUUAGACAACCUUGAUUUUGGCAGUGCAGCAUUCAAGGCAGGAGUUGAAAGGGUGUGUGCACUUGCUGGUGUUGGGCCCCAUUUGGAUCCUAAAUUUCGUUUGGCUGCUGUUGCUAAGAUAUUAAAAACUUCACCACACCCAGAUCUACCUAGAAAUGAGGUCAAUAUGGUCACUCAAAUAGUGGAUGUACUGAAACUGCUCUUUAUACAAGAUCUCAGGGACCUUCAAACAAAAAUCAAUGAGGCUUUAGUUGCUGUUCAAACAGUCACAGCUGAUCCACGCACUGAUACCACUCUAGGCAGAGUUGGAAGAUAAAUCAAUGUUAUAUCAUUAAUAUAAGUGUUGUAUAAGUUUCAAUUAUUUUGUUUUACAUAAAUCAUAAACUAUUAUGGUAAGGAUUACUGCAAUAUUUUAUUAUCGUUACAUCCACAUGCUAACUUAAAGAGACUCUGAAAAACUUUACUAAAUCUUCUACUUAACAAAUAGAAGAAUAGAUUGUGUCAACAUUUAGAUAGCUAAUCAUGCAGUUAUGAUGAAGAACCUUUUUGCAGCAGUGCUGCAUCAUAUAGUUAUUUUAACCUAGACUGCAGAGCACAAGCCUCAUUGUUAGACACUACUGACAAAAAUUAAAAAUUACCAAUAAUUCAUUAUGAAAUCUAGGAGUUCUCAAAAUAGGACCAACAAUUGGGGUCUUGCUAAUAAGUGUCAGUAUCAUUACAAAUUAAAGAUGUCAGAGCUUUUAUAAAAUUAAUCGGAACCUUGGUAGUAUUAAUCAGAAUAUAGAAAGUUAUUGGAAUGCAGAUGAUGGAGAUCAUUGAGAGAGCUAUACUAUACAUAAUCAUAUCUAAAGAACAAUUUAAUGAGUUGCAAAGGUAAAGUAACAAUGGGUGAGGCAAACAGCUCAAAUUGAUUGGUACUGUGGUCUUUCUUAAAAGGUGCUGGAAAGGUGUCACUGGUUAAUACAACAUUGGUAGACUCCAACUUCAUACAUCUAACAAAUCUCAAAGAGCCAUUGGAUGCAAUAAGCCCCAAACUGAACUUUGCACUCCCUACAGAAGUCCAGUCCAGUGUCCACAAAGUUCCAGUAAAUUGAUAUAGUGAUGAUAAACAUUAACAGUAGUUAGUUAAGUUUGUGUACAACUUACUUAAUUGUUUUUUGUGUAUUUUAUACUAAUCAUUUAAUUCAAUAAAGUUCUUGUCAUUUGAAUCUUACAUUUUAAAAACUGGAAGAUUAAUUAAAGGCUUUUAAAAAUAAGUUAUUUUCCUAAUUCUUGUUAAACAAUCAGGACCUUGUGUAAUUGAAGAAUUAAGUCUUAUACACAAGUUGUAAUAAGUAAAUGAAUUAUAUAA